AUGGCGUUCAUGAUGCCUGUGGUGAGAAACGAUUUCGACAUCUAUUCCGGAAGCAGGUCAGCGUCGCCCGUUCGCAGUCGUUCUGGCUCGAACAGUAUGCACUUAUCAACGACUCCCAGCAGGAACGAAAGUGAGACCCAGCACAACGAAAGUCAGAUGUGGAAGUCAACCGAUCACCUCCAAGCAGGCGACAAUUACCAGAGAGGGCGCACCAGUUCGUUCACUUCUCUCAAGAGGUUUCAUAACAGUCUUUUAGACAAGCUGAAGAAAUCUGCGCACGUUCCGCAUCCGUGCUCAUCAUCUGAUCCGGAGAAGGACGCUGACAAGGACUCUGAUGACCACCGGUAG